AUGGUCCGAUUCAUGCCUACCAUCCUCGCCGCCGGUCUGGCAAUCGGCGCUGCCUUCGCUUUGCCUGCCGACAUUCGCGCUACGACUUCCGGUGUCGAUACCUCCGGCACUACAACAACUUCGACAGAUGUCUCAGUCCCAACUAUGAGCGUCCUCGACGUUCCGUCAUACACUUUGCGCCUACAGCCCAACGUCACGAUCAAUGUUACGAUGAGCCAGAUCCCAACCCAGCUGCCAACCUCCGCGCCAAGUGUAAUGGACACAUCCUACACACUGCGCCCAGACACGGAUUCGGUUACAACUACCUCCACUAUCCCAGCAACCAAGACCGUCGACAAGCGUGCAGUCUGCACAGAUGCCGGCAUCGUCCACGAAUGCGACGCAGCUCCACCAGCAGAUGGUUUUGGCAUGACAUACACCCCAUCAGUGCCAUCCGACUGGGCCGCUCCUGUCUGCGGCGGUACAUCUGCAUACUCCGGCUCAACCGACUCCACACUCCUCGCAACCGCCGACAAGAUGUGCAACAGUGCGAACUGGAACACCAUGGUCGACCCUUCUGAAACGCUUCGCUGGGUGACCAAGGCCGAUGAUGGGCAUGACAUGACUUUCUCGAUCGACUUCGAUUGGCUCGCUGUCCCUGCUGAUCAAGACACUGUCCUUUUCAACUCGAUAGCUUGUCAUGCCGGAUUUAAGAAAUUGGUUGUCGAGUGA